CUGGUUUUACUAUUGAUCUUUUAACAAAGUUUGUUAGCACGUCCUAUUCUAGAGGUGUUUCGGUCAACAAACAGUAUGAAAUGAAAGUCCGUAUAUAUGCAUAAACAUCCAUCUCUGUGUAGCUUAUCCUAGUCAGGGUCACCGAGGAGCUUAACAUGGUGGACACACACUUGGGGACAUGCAGUCACACACUAUCAUAUUCAAUGGACAACAAUUAAGCUAACUGCAUGCUUUGGGAAAACAGGAGGAAACCCACACAACAGACCAUAUAUAUAUUCCAACCCCUCUGACUUCUCUGGUAUGUGUGUGUGUGUGUGUGUGUGUGCGCGCGAGCGGGUGUAUGUAUGUGUAUAUCAUUUUUAAUUUGGACUGGAAAACCAUUGAAUUAUGAAUCUCUGUCUGUGCCUUUAUGACUUCUUGCAGUAACUUUCUCUUUUGUUUUCUGCAAAGCCCAAUAUCAUCAUUCAACAAUAGUAAAUCCCCGCAACACUCACAUAAAACUUCUUCAGCGUUUCAGACAAAACAUUAUUGUUUAUUAUUAUUAUGUUCGUUUUAGCAUUCUUAUUUUCACGCGUACGAUGCUGUUCAGGCAACAAUCCCCGAGCUUCCUGCUCAGGAAGCCGGGGAAAUACGUCCUGCGUCCCAGCCACAGACCGCCAGUGCAUGUCUCCUGCUGUAGUAUGAGAUGCCUGAUUGAGACGUGAGGUGUCUGAAAGAGUUCCUAAGAAUGCAAUGAGGCUGAGAAGGUAAACCCAUCCCAAAAAAGAGAGCCUGUAUUCGCGCAACUUGACUACUGUGGUCCGGACUGGAUUGUAUUCCUCUCUGAGAUACAAGAAGCCACCCUAGAUCCACAUCUGGGAUUCUCAGUCAGUUGACUUAGAAGCUGCUGCUGUCCCUGAUGGCAAGACACAUGAAGACCUGGGGUCCCAAGCCUCCUGUUGCACCCAAACCAAGGCUCCUGUAUGAGCCAGAGGAGAAGCGCUUUCUGCACAGCAGAAGAAGUCUCCACCAGUGUAGGAGCGGGGGCCUGAUUCUUUCUGAGGACGACCUGGACCAGGAAAAUGAACCAGGAGGCUUUCGGCGGGGAUUAGAGGAGCAGGUUCUGGAGGAUGCUGAUCAACCCCAAAAUGGUGAAGAUCCAGGCAUGGAGCUUUUCUAUAACCUUGAAAAUAAUGGAACUGAGGAAGAGGGGAAUGUGAAAGAAGAGGAAGAAAAAUUAAGCAAACCUGUUAGUACUGAAGCUGCUGAUUCUGAAGAAGGACUAAAACUUUGUGAUAUUGAUUGCAGUAUAGGGUUAGUGGAUCCAAUGGGGACAACUGACAUGGAAUGUAGACUUGACAUUGAGUCAGAGAGCUGUGGAGCUGGGGAGGCACUCGCUGACACUGACGGACUUUUGGAGUGUGAUAUAGCUUCUUAUCAUGAGGCAGCAGAUCAUUACUCAUGCGAGACUAAGAACAGGAAGGUGCCUGAAAACCUGGGAACGGACGAGGAUUACCCUCCUGGGGAAAUGCACCCAGCCAAGAUCCCAAAUAUAGAACUCUGGUAUGUUAAAGAUGGUGACAAGUCUUCAGAUCAUGAAGAGUGUUGUCCAAGAUGUCCAUCUCCCUGUAACCAGUUAACUGAGGAAAAUGAGGACUCCUUUGUUAAUGCACAUAUUUCUAGACUUCCAUCUCUGUGUGAGGAGUGUUCCUGUAACGUGUUAGGUGCAGCAUGCAACCUGUGUGAACAUUCAGAAGAUAUGGAUAAUCAGCACAAUUCUCCAACUGAUGGAGAGCUAGUGAACGCAAUGUACGUGCCAGAUAAUUAUCAAUAUUCAGAGGGGGCCGAGGACAUUGCAGGGCCUAAUUCAGCCAGUGAUACAGAGUCUACCACUGAGGAGGUUAAUGACAUGGAUUCUGAGGGGGAGAAUGAGGGCAGCAGCAAAAACUGCACAGGGAAACAAUCUGCUGUCUCGGAGGAACAGUCAACUAUGAAUUCCAUUACCAACCCAGAUGACUGCUAUGAGAGUCACCCGAACCAGGAUGUGAUUAUUACAAAUCUGUUCACUGAAAAUACACCAGAGGGAAUAACUCUUCCUCAGAUCCUUGAGGAAAAGAGGACUAUGGAUAACUGUCAUAAUGAAGAUGAUGACUCUCUCUGUCAAGAUGAAGAGGAUUUACAUCAGAUUGAAUGCGUUUCAUCUGAGGACUAUGUCGAAAUAGGUGAUGAUGAUGAGGAUGAAAUAGACACAAGAGAGAAAAAAGCAGCAGACAUUAAUUGUAAUGAAAAGGGUACUGAUGCCUGUUUGGAGGAGGGUAGUAUUCAGUCUCGCUACAGGUUGUGUUCGAUCUCCGUGCCUGUGGACAUGGAUAUGAGAAUUACCCCUGAGCUCACUGACACUCUGGUCUUCACAAACACUGCUGAAGUGUUCGGGGAGGACAUUGACAUCGAGGGCCACAUAGUACCUUACUUUGAAGAUACUGACAGAGAACAGGACAACAUUAGCGACGAGCAUGUCUAUGAGGUGGCUGGGCUUGACACCGAGGGUGAAAACUUUCAAGCUGUGGACAGAAAGAAUAUUGUGACCAGAUCUCGGUCUCUCUCUGGUAAAGUACCGGGCUGUGUACCUGAGACUGUUCCUGAGGAAACAGGCGCUGAGGAAACCGGCAAUGAGUACUGCACUGUAGCCUUAGCAAAGAGCAACCACCCAGGGACUGAUAGUCAACAACAUGAAAAAAAACGAAUUAUCCCUUCUUGUAAGCCACAACACUUCAUUUUUUACCCCCGUUCCAUCUCCGUCGAAGGAAGAGACUUGACCAUGUCUGUCUAUGAGGAUAACAUUUCAUUAGGAGAGCAAGAAAAAAGAAAAAAUAAUGACAACAUCUCAUUGCCAUUUGUCAUGGGAUCAUCAGGAAGCUUCUCCCAAAGAAAUCGGCUCCCCUCCAGUGGCGUGUCUACCCCAACUUCCGUGGUGGACAUCCCACCUCCCUUUGAACUGGCUUACAUCACCAAGAAGCCAAUCACUAAAAGUUCUCCAUCUCUUCUGAUCGAGAAUGAUUCAACUGAAAAGCAAAAGAAGAAGUCCUCUUUUAAACGCUUUCUGAUGUUGAAGUUCAGAAGGAAGCGAGAGAAUAAGGUCCAUUUAGACGUGAAUGUCUCCUCCUCCAGAUCGUCAUCUGAGUCUAGCCACCACGGGCCAGUGAGGCUCCUCGAUAUGGACAGACGGAGUGUAGGAAGCUCCCCGCAACCCGUUUCGCGGUUUGGGAAACCACAACGUUCCUCAGACUCGCCCACAACUUUCCUCUUCUACAAGGAUGGCAGGAGAAAAGGGGGCCCAAAGACAUUCACUAACAAGAGGCUUUCCCGGGUGGAAUCCUUUGAGGACCAGUCCAGGCCUCCAUUCACGCCUUUGCCAUUGAUGAAGCCACGGUCCAUAUCUUUCCCUAAUGCAGACACAUCUGAUUAUGAGAAUAUGCCGGCCAUUAGCUCGGAUUACGAGAACAUCCAGAUCCCACAGAGGCCCACAGGAGUAGGGAUGUUUGCAGAGUUCUUUGACGAUCCCUGUCGUGCGCUUUCUGCCGCCAACGAGAACGACGGAUACGUGGACAUGAGUAGUUUUGCUGGGUUUGAAAGCAAGACUGAAACACCUCAACAAGAACCUGACAGAAGGGGCCACACAGAGCCUGAAGCUGUUUGCCAGGUGUCCACGGCACAGACAGACAAGGCUGAGACUGAGGAGGACCAAGGGCGGACAUCAGAGGAAGAGGAUGGGGGGGCGGAGCGCAGUCAUGACAGACAGGGUGAUGGUAGAUCAAGGGCGUUUUACAUAGCCAAAGAGCUGGUGGAUUCAGAAAAAGUACACGUGAAUGGUCUGAAACUACUCCAGGAGGAUUUCAGGGCUACCGUGGCUGCAGCCAUGGGGGCAGAUGAGGAGCCGGUCUUGCAGGAGGAAAAGCUCAGUGAGAUUCUAGGCCCCCUGCCAGAGGUGUACCAGCUACACUGCCACAUUCUCGCAGAGCUGGAGGACCACCUGAGACAGUGGGAGGAGAGUCAGAGAAUUGCGGAUGUUUUCCUGUCUCGACGGGCAGAGUUUGCUAUCUUCACACCCUACAUCACUCAGUACGAUCGCAGGGUGGCUCUUCUGGACGAGACCUGCCAAAGCUCUCCCACCUUCUCCUCCAUUGUCAAGCAGUUUGAGAGUUUGGCUGGUGGGAAAUUGACCCUGAAACACCAGCUGCUGCAGGUCGUCCUCCGCGUGCUGAAGUACCGCAUGAUUCUCACAGAUUACCUAAACAACCUCUCACCAGACUCCAAAGAAUAUGAAGACACACAAGCUGUACUCUCAAUUGUCUCCGAAGCUGCCGACCGAGCGAACGACGGCCUGAAGCACGGGGAGAACUUGCUGCGCCUGGUCCACAUCGAGCACAGCGUCACAAGCCAGAGAGACCUGCUCCAGCCAGGAAGGGUGUUUGUGAAGGAAGGCACUCUGAUGAAAGUUUCUAGAAAAAGCAGACAACCCCGACAUUUAUUUCUGAUGAAUGAUUUGUUGCUGUACACCUUCCCGCAACAAGAUGGGAAAUACAGACUGAAGAACACCCUCCCACUCACUGGAAUGAAGGUGAGCAAGCCCAUCCUAGAAAAUGUGCAAAAUGCCUUAAAGAUCGAGGUGACUGACAUCUCCAUCACCCUGUCAUCCAGCUCAUGUGGCGAGCGAGACGAGUGGUUUCACGCCCUCAGUCGGACUGUGGAGAGCCAUGGCCGGGGGCAGGGUGCAUCUCGUAACCCCAGCAGCGAGGCUAGAGAGAAGGUCCGGAUGUCACUGGGAGAGACGGCGCCCACCCUGGUCCCGGUGUCCCACGUCAUGAUGUGCAUGAACUGCGCCUCUGACUUCUCUCUCAUGUUACGUCGGCACCAUUGCCAUGCCUGCGGGAAGAUCAUCUGCCGGGGCUGUUCCAGGAACAAAUACCCACUCAAGUACCUCAAAGACAGGAUGGCUAAAGUAUGCGAUCGCUGCUACGCUGAGCUGAAGAAACAAGGGGGCGCCGUGGAUGAUGUCCGCGGCAGCGCGAGUCCUCGAAUCAGCCGUUCCAGUCGGCCACUCUCUGCCGUCUUCCAGAACAUCCACCCCCCAAACCUGUGGAGAAGCAGAAAGACAACGGCCACGUUCAACCAGGUGACUGUGGAGCCGGAGGGCUCGGCGAUCCCCGGCACGACACACUGCUGCAAGAGGAGCAAGAGAAACUGGAAGAGGCUGUGGUUCCUCAUCAAAGACAAGGACAAGAUAGCUACAGAGAGCCUCCCUUUGCUGGGCUUCACACUGAAGCUGCCAGACACGCCAGAAGCAGGAGACACAUCCAGCAACAUCUUCCAGCUUUACCACAAGAAGGCUCUGUACUGUACCAUUACAGCGGAGGACAGCACUGUUCCCAGAUGGAUUAACGCCAUUGAAGAGGCCACAGUUUUAUAGCAGCCAUCCAAACGCUCAGUGACCCUCAUCUAAGAUGUGUCCUCCAAUUUUGGCCAAGUCCUUAAUUUCUGCUCCUCGGAAUGUAAAAAUGUGAAUGCAUACAGGAGACUUUUGAUUUCCAUGAACUGACUGGUGUAAUUGAUAUUUUGUACAGAAACCAAACACAAUUGUUUUCAUGCAUGUUUAGCGUGUGGUGUUGAGGACUAACUUCCAUAAGAACUGUCCUUAGUUUUGCCUGCUUUUUCUAUAAGUCCUAAAUGGAGUUUUAAUAUUAUCCACAGGUCAUUUCAGUGCACAUCAUCUUUCCUGAUCAAGUCCAUAAUGAAUAGUAUAGUAGAACAUAAUAUCACAUUAUCUUCCUUUUUGAUGCUGCUAGUUAUUCACGUGUUCAAGUUUUAAAAGGUCAUUUUCGGUUGCCUUGCCUAGAAACCAACAAAUUUACAUUUCAGUAUCUAAAUGAAGAUUAUGGUGGCAGAAGCAGGAGCGAAGCCCCAACAUUCUCUUAUAACAUCUUCUGUUAAUCUAAUGUUUACAUUUUUCUGCCAGGCUUGAUUACACAUACUUUCAGUGGCCACUAUAUUAGGUACACAUAGCUAGUACUAGGCAGGACCUACAUUUGCCAGAAGAACUAUUUCAUAGGUAGAUGAGUUGUGAAAGGAGAGAAGCCAUUCUACAUACCAGUGCUGCUCUGAACUGUCAUAUUCCUCUUACCUUAUUAGCUUUAAUGAGUCUGCCCAUUAUCCUCUGACUCUUAUCAUUAACAAGGCUUUUCCCAUUGACUGGAUGGUUUGUCCAUCACUCCAUUCUCGAAAAAAACUCCAGACACCGUAGUGGAAAAAAUGCCAGGAGAACGCCUGUUUCUGAUGCUGGAAGCAGCACAUCUGACACCUCCAAUCAAGCCUUGUCCAAAAUCACUUAGAUAAUUCUUAGUUAGAUCAGAACCUCAACCUCGUGACCCCGUUUGCAUAUCGCAUAUAUUUGCUGCUUGCAUUAACAAUCAGGUGUACCUAACAAACUGGCUGCUGAGUGUGUCACACUCAUGUGCAUCUGCAUUCCCCAAAAUUCAAGGUCAGCCCAAUGACAACACGCAUGCUUUUCUCCCAUACGUGACCUAUCCUCCAAGGCAUGCCUUGGUAAAUUCAUUUCUCUUUAAAUACUAAGAGCCAGCACAGUUUAGGGGCCAGUUUUGACAUAUUCCUUACUACAUGCAACCCACAACCAGCAAACCCGUACAGAUACAGACAUAAUGCUUAAGCAUGAGGCUAGUCAGGCUAACCUAGUUAGCUUAUACAUUCCUUAGCCUUUGACCUUGUCAAUACUGCUGUUCAACUAUGUAUGUCCCUGUCAUGGUUGGUGUUUUCAAUGUCCCAUAAAACUCUGUAUGGAUGAGGCUCUUCCUCUCUGACUUUUCUCUUGGUUUCACUUUUUGCAGCCUAAGCACAUUAUUUUCUGAGGUCUCUGCUGUAUUUUCCUUGUGCCCACAUCACCAAGCAGCUGUUUUAUUUUUAGCCCGAGACUCCAUUUAUCGAGCACCUCCGUGUAGUUUUCUGUCACCUAUAUGCGUCAUUGGAAGUCUGUCGGGGUACAAAUGUCCACAGUUUUAAGCACUACAGCCCGGAUGGAAUUCACCAUUUUUUGCCCAGUGCUGAUUUUAUGGAUUUUUGCGAAUGCCUUUGUGAACAUGUCGCAUGUGCUGUAAGAAGAAAAACUCAAAAAACUCAAAGUCAGCACAAAAAAGUUAUGCAUGCGCUUGACCAUCUGGAGAUGCUUCUAGAAAACAUUCUGCACGAUCACUAGUCACCUGCACAAUGGCUGAGAGCAUUUUAUCUAGGGGUUUUCAAGGAAGUGUCUGCCUUGUUUCCUUAGCCAACACCCAACAAGAACAAAAUAUUUGCUGACCAGAUUCAACUCCAAGGGUCAAAUGCACAUCAAAACCAUUUUGCUCAAAGAUAAUAUAAAAUAUCAGUGUUUACAUCCUGUCCAUGCUGUAUCCAGCCUCAUGUCAGGCCAUAUGGUUAGACUGUGUGCCAGGACAAGCAAUUAGAAGAUGGAUGGAUGGAUUGAUUAAUAGUACUUAUAUCAUUCUGGCUCUUCUAGGAUUGUCUUUUAUUUAUGGUUUAAGAAUUUUUUUUCCUUUAAACACUUAAAAAUUCACGUUUUGAAUGGCUAUGUCCAAAGGUUUUAGUAAAUUAAUGGUUACUGCAGUUUUUAAUUCAGUUUUAAGAGGUGAUAUUAAUAAAUCAGUUGUGGAAUAUUAGUAAGUAACUUUGUGAGGAACAGUAACUUUUCAGACAAAUUGUAAUUCUUUAACCUGAAACUGGCCUUGACACGGGGGUGGGGUUUGUGUAUAUUAAACUACAACAUGACAGGUAUAUUCCCCUAGGCACGAGUAUCUGAAUGGAUCUUUCCAUUAGAGAACUCAUUUCACUGGAUCUGGUUUAAAAAUCUUUCCCCCCAUCUUAUGUACUGUAUUUUUGAAAUGGCCUUGCAAUAUAAUAAAUGUAAAUAUAUACAUAUUAAAAAAUAAGCAUUUUUAUGUUAUUUGCAUCUAGAAUAAAAAGGGAUGUAAUUA